CGUUGAGUACCGACAAGAGAAGAAGAAGAGGAAUCGGAAGUGGUCAAUUUGUUGCCGAGUGAAGCGUCGGACACUGGCGAAAAAUUACAUCAAUUGUUUUAUUUUGUUGUCUAUCUUUUUCGACCGCCUAACACUCCUGGCGUGUUUUAGAAGGUGAACUCGUAGAGUUAAAGCUGGUCUUAAGCGAAUUAGUUGAGAGGCGCUCGCGUUAGCUUAGCUUGCUAGCGGCAAACCGGCAGGGGCGUUCAAAAUAAUAACAAACGCGGCGCUCGUCGGCAAAAUGUGCAAAGUCACAAUGCUCAGAGAGUUGAUGAAGCAGCGCCUGCACUUGGCCGUGGAGGAAAUUUAUCAACUUUUUGAACGGACCAUCAUGGAGUACGAGGAGGAACUCAGUCGAACAAAGGAGGAGAAAGAGCGACAAGGCCAACUGCUCGACGCCGUUUUGAAGUCGCGCGCUGUCAAACAGCAGGAAGACACGCAGAAGGUGUUGGUGAGGAGCCAAGAGGGGGAGGAGCCAGCGGCGGAGGCCCCCCACAUUAAAAAGGAAGAGGAGGACGUGUGGAGCGGUCAGGAUGGACCGCAACCCCAAUGGCCGGCGGGGGAAGAGGAGGAGGGCGCCGACGAAGCCCGCGAUGAGCGACCGCACUCGGACCCGGACAGCAACUUCGCUCCGCUUUCCGAGAUGGACGACAACUCCGAUUCCGGGAGGGAGAAAUCGUUCCGCUGCUCGUUUUGCCGUAAACGAUUCUCGUCCAACGGGAACAUGAAGAGACACAUGAAAAUACACCAACAGACGGAGAAAGUUUUCAGCUGCGCCGUUUGCGUGGAAAGUUUCCCCACCAGAGGGCUGCUCGUGUCGCACAAAAACCGGCGACACACCGACAAGAACUCGGGCGAGCAAAGGUUCGACUGCGCCGAAUGCGGGAAGACGUUCGCCACGACGGCUCGUUUGAAGAGACACAUGGCCAAGCACACCGGGGAGAAACCUUUCGUGUGCUCCUUCUGCGGCAAAAGAUUCAGUCUCAGUUACAUUUUGAAACGACACAUGCGGUCGCACUCCAGCCGCGAGCGCUUCUCGUGCCCGGUUUGCGCCAAAGGGUUCACGACCAAGUGGUACAUCGCCAUGCACAUGAGGACGCACACCGGCGAGAAACCCUUCCAGUGCGCCGUGUGCCACAAACAAUUCCACUUUAAGAACGGCUUCAAGAAGCACACUUGCGUCGCCGACAGCCAAAACGCCGGAAACGAAGACGGAGGGCGGGGGAGGAAGAGCUCGGCGGACCAAUGAAAUUGUUUAUUUUGCUCCUUCUUGCAAUAAAAGUCACAACUAGUCAAA